AGCCUUCCUCUUUCUCCCUUAAUAAAGAUGGCAGACGAGGCAACACGGCGGGUAGUGGCGGCGUUGCCGCUGCUGAAAACGAACGCGGGGCCGCGGGAUCGGGAGCUGUGGGUCCAGCGGCUGAAGGAGGAGUACCAAGCGCUCAUUAAGUACGUGGAAAACAACAAGAAUGCGGACAAUGAUUGGUUCAGGCUGGAAUCCAACAAGGAAGGUACCAGGUGGUCUGGAAAGUGCUGGUACAUUCACAACCUCUUGAAGUAUGAAUUUGCUGUUGAGUUUGAGAUUCCAGUCACAUAUCCAUCGACAGCACCAGAAAUUGCUAUUCCAGAACUGGAUGGCAAAACAGCCAAAAUGUACAGGGGAGGCAAAAUAUGCCUUACGGACCAUUUCAAGCCCUUGUGGGCUAGGAACGUACCAAAAUUUGGGCUAGCCCACUUGAUGGCCUUGGGGCUGGGACCUUGGCUGGCUGUAGAAAUUCCUGACCUGAUAUCAAAGGGGCUGAUUGAACACAAAGAAAAAUGAAGCUCCUGUGCCAGUUGUUCUCCUAGGCCCCAGCGGUAACCCCAGAUCCAUCAUAUUGACUGUCAUAUACUUCUGUGUCUAAUUUCUUCCUGUGGAUUGCUAGCCAGUCUGUGCAUUGUGUGUCUCUAAUAAAACCAACACAAAAAGAAUC